AUGCCCUCUUCCUCUUCUUCUACAAGCCCGAAAGCAACCACAACGCCACAUGCACUCUUUCUCCCCUUCGAUCCCAACUCUCCUCUACUGGUAGCCAAGGGAGUAUUAACGACAGGUACAGUCGGAGCUAUCACUGGAGCGUCUAUUGGUGUAAUUCAAUCCAAAAACCCCUUCGCACUCUCUAUCAAUAUGACCAUUAACCUAUCUAUAGCAGGUCUAACAUUCUUUAGUAUCAGAGAAUAUCUUGUAUCUCCUUUACUACUAUCCAUCGAACUCACCCCUUCUCAUUCCAGACGACUAAGCCUACUACAACACGGGGAAGGAGGGUUAUCAGAAGUUCAACGUGGUAAACUACCUAGUCUAUCUGAAGUGAGGUGGGACAGAGUAUCAGAUAGUGCUAUUGCAGGUGGCCUGACUGGUGGUGUACUAAGUGCUGCUUUCCGUGGAAGGGCGACAUUCGUCAAAGCGGGUAUAACAUCUUCCCUAAUCGCUUCGAUACUUCAAUUAUCAAUCAAUCAAGCUAGAGUGAUACGUUUGAAAACUUUAGCUAAACGGCAGUCUACCUCCACAAUAACAUCACCACCUUCCCCCCAAAAGACUUUGGAAGGUUCUUUCAAUGAUCAGAACCAGUCUCAAUCUCAAAUAACACAAUCAUUCGAACAACCUCUUAAAAACCCCAUACCAAAUACAGAUAUCAAGCUAGAAUCGCAGAAGCAUGAGAGCAACGUUACGUUCCCGGAGAGGAUGAUGAAUAGCUUGACCAAGUUUUUGCCAGUUCGCAAAUUGACGAACGAAGAGUAUGUCCAGACAUUGGAGAAGAAAAGGAUGGAAGUGGAUAAGAUGUUGAGGGAGAUUGAUGAGGAAGAGAAGAGGAUGUAUGAUUGGGCGCAGAGUCAGAACGGGACCCGAUCGUGA